AUGAAUAUUGAUUGUUAUUCUAUAACUGAAGAGGAUUUUAUUAAUGAAAUGGAACCAAAUAAUAAUGAUACUUUUGAUGAAUAUUUCCUUGACUCAAACUUAUGUGUUUCAACUAUGAUUAAAAAGUACGAUGUUCCAAUGUUAGAUAAUAAUGAAUAUAUGAAAAAAACAAAGAAAAAAAAUUUACAAUGUGCUGUUUGUGGAGCUAGAGCAUUCGGAUACAAUUUUGAUCGAAUUACAUGCGAAAGUUGUAAAGCCUUUUUUCGACGAAAUGCUCUGAAAAAUAUAAUGGAAUUAAAAUGCCGAUUUGAUGGAAAUUGUGACAUAACAAUAGAAAAUCGACGAUUUUGCACAUAUUGUCGUAUCAAAAAAUGUUUUGCUAUUGGCAUGUUGUAUGAAAUUUUAUCUUCAAAAGAAAAAUGA